GUGGUGGAGGCGGUGAGGUCGGUCGCGGGAUCGGCGGAGAUGUGCGGGGAGGCGACCGGAGGCAGUGGGAGGGAGAGCGGUGUGGCGGCCGGGCGGAGGCGGGGCGGAGGCGACGACGGCCGCCAUCGAGUGGUCGCCCGAGAAGCCUCGUUAGUGGCUAGUAAGAUAGCAGGAGUUGUUGGGCCUUGCGCUAAUGGUGGUGAAAGCCCAAUUAUACUUGGGCUGACACCACAAAAAGCGUUGUGUUCGACUUCCUCGAUUCCUGUUACUACAAGCAAUCUACUCCCGUUCAAUCGCAGUUGGAUUCCCAAUCGAGAGAGCAGCGCAGAAAUGGAGGGCAUGGCCACCGUCGCCGCCACUUCUUCGACCAGCAAACUCCUCUCCUCCUCUUGCUCCCUCUUCUCACAUGGUUGUCUCCUGCCCCGUUCCUCUCCCUGUCGUAGCGCCUCAGUCCGGCCGAGAAUACGAUCUCGCCGCAACCUUUCUGUAUCCGCCGUGUCGCGCCGAGGGCGGACCCUGUCGGAGGGGUGGAAUCUUUCGGGUUCGAAUUCUGGGUCCGCGGCGUUCCGGAUGCCGAGUUUCGAGCAGCUCGACACCACCAACAUGCUCCUCAGGCAGCGGAUUGUCUUUUUGGGUUCCCAGGUGGAUACUAUGACAGCUGAUUUAUUAAUCAGCCAGCUCUUAUUUCUGGAUGCGGAAGAUCAACAAAAGGAGAUAAAGUUGUUCAUUAAUUCACCUGGUGGAUCUGUCACUGCUGGAAUGGGGAUAUAUGAUGCUAUGAAAUUAUGUAAGGCUGAUGUUUCUACUGUUUGCUUGGGUCUUGCGGCAUCAAUGGGUGCUUUCUUGCUUGCUGCUGGGACAAAAGGAAAGAGAUUUUGCAUGCCAAAUGCUAAAGUUAUGAUCCAUCAGCCAAUGGGAAGUGCUGGAGGCAAAGCAACAGAGAUGGCCCUGCAGAUUCGAGAGAUGAUGUACCAUAAGAUAAAAAUGGUUAAAAUUCUAUCUAGAAUAACAGGGAAACCUGAACCCCAGCUCGAAGAUGAUACUGCUCGUGAUUUCUUCAUGAAUCCCUGGGAAGCCAAAGAAUAUGGAUUGGUAGACGCCGUUAUAGAUGACGGGAAACCAGGACUAGUUGCACCCAUUGGGGAUUCUGCACCACCUCCAAAAACCCUCAUCUGGGACUUCUGGACAGCUGAGGAAAUGAAAAAAAGUAAGCAAAAUCUACCUUCAGAGGAGAAGCUUCUACAAAAUGAAAAUAAAGAUGGCAGCAGAAAUGAUGAUAAAGGUAAAGAACUGCCAAAGGAGGAACCAACGACCGUAUGAGACAAUCAAAAGUACUGAACUCAAGAAACAUUGAAGGCUGCCAAGUUACGGACCGAGUUGCUUGGUGAGAGAGCAACUAUAAUUACUAGUUGGUUGAGUGUUGUAACAUGAUUUUACUGCUCUUGUAAGCGUCAUUGUUUAACCAGAAUUAAAGUUGAAUAGGAACAAAAGUAGUUUUGGAUAUCA